GUACUCCCAGCAGGUGGUCACCCCCGAGGUGAACGCACUGGUGCUGGAGCUGCUGGCCGCUCUGCUGCGCUUCCAACACAGGGCGCUCCAGCGAGAUCCGCUCAAGGCUGCCAUGCGGCGGCGCCUGCUGUGCGGGCUGAGGGAGGUGGGCAAGGCUGUGCGGACAGGCCGGGCCAAGUGUGUCGUGCUGGCGCCCAAUGUGGAGGAGGUGCUGGGGGAAGGCGGGCUGGACGCCGCCCUGGCGUCGAUCGUGGCGGAGGCGGCGGCGCGCAGCAUUCCCGUGGUGAUGGCGCUCUCCACGCGCCGCCUCGCCAAGGCACUCAAUCGCCCGCGCUGUCGCAUGAGCGCCGUGGCCAUUCUGGACAGCGACGGCGCGCACAGCGUGCUCAAGAGCGUCCUGGCGGAGGCAGAGAGGGGCAGGGCCAUGUGGCGCGCGGUGCAUGGAGGCAUGGGGGAGAGGCUGGCGCAUGGGGAUAAGGAGGGGCAUGUGGGAGGGGCAGGCCACAGAUGGCGCAUGAGCGCAUUGAAGAAGUUGGACAGGCGGCGCACAGAGCGUGCUGAGGAGUGUGGUGGUUGAGGUGCAGAGGGUCAGGGCGAGGUGGUUGAGGUGCAGAGGGUCAGAGCGAGGAGGGUCAGAGCGAGGAGGGUCAAG